AUGCUACGGUAUAAAGAAAAGGUUCGAAAAAUGUUUUAUCACGCGUACAAUGGAUAUCUCGACUUUGCGUUUCCAUUCGAUGAACUCAAACCGAUCAGUUGUGCAGGCCACGACACGUGGGGCUCGUUUUCUUUAACCCUAAUCGAUGCCCUUGAUACACUGCUGGUGAUGGGUAAUGCAACCGAAUUUCGACGAGCCGUCGAUCUCGUCUUGGCUACCGUAAAUCCCGAAGCGAAUGUGAAUGUGAGUGUCUUCGAAACAAAUAUACGCGUUGUGGGUGGAUUGUUGACAGCUCACAUGUUGGCUGGGAGAGUUGAGGGGAUGCCACUCGAACCCGGCUGGCCUUGCUCGGGUCCAUUGCUGCGACUGGCUGAGAGAAUGGCUGAGAGAUUACUUCCCGCUUUCAACACCGACACGGGAAUGCCAUUCGGAACAGUCAAUUUGAAAUAUGGAGUGCAUAAGACAGAGACUCCGAUCACUUGUACUGCCGGUGUGGGGACAUUUCUGUUGGAGUUUGGCGCUCUCUCGCGUUUAACUGGCGAUCCACAGUAUGAGAAAGCGGCAUUACGAGCCCUCGACGCACUGUGGAAGAGUCGGUCGCCGAUUGGACUCGUCGGGAAUCAUAUCAAUGUGCAGACUGCUGUUUGGACAGCCACUGAUGCAGGGAUUGGAGCCGGAGUUGACUCGUAUUUUGAAUAUUUGGUGAAAGGAGCGCUUCUCUUCCAAAGACCGCAUCUUAUGAAGCAAUUCUAUGAAUUCGAAGAUUCGAUCAAUCGCAACGUUCGUCACGGAGAUUGGUUUCACUGGGUUUCGAUGACAAAAGGAGUCACUUCGCUUCCAAUCUAUCAAUCAUUGGAAGCAUUUUGGCCUGGAUUAUUGACUUUGGUCGGGAAAGUUGAUGAUGCUUCUCGAAUAAUGCUGCAGUAUAGUACGUUGUUGAGAAGAUAUGGAAUUCCACCUGAAUUCUAUCAUUUAACCGAUCAGGAACCGGUGAAUGGCCGGGCAGCUUACCCACUUCGUCCCGAAAUGGCCGAGAGUUUGAUGUAUCUCUACCGGGCAACCGAUGAUCCACACUGGCUAGAGUUAGCUGCUCAAAUGGUUGAUGCAAUCGAAUCGUCAGCGAAGACGCGUUGUGGCUAUGCGACGGUGAACAAAGUGCAAGAUCAUAGCAUUGAAGAUAGAAUGGAGUCCUUUUUCUUGGCCGAAACGACAAAAUAUUUGUAUUUGAUUUUUGAUCCGGAGAAUUUCUUGCACAAUGAUGGGAGUUAUUCGAGAGAGAUUGAGACAACGAAUGGACCGUGUAUUGUCGAAGCUGGUGGCUAUAUUUACAACACAGAAGCCCAUCCACUGGAUCCAUCAAUCAUUCAUUGUUGCUCAGCAAAGAAACAAGCUGAACGAGAAGCGCUUAAUAAAUUCUCAUCUAACAUCGAUUUCGUUUCUUUACUUCAUUUUGAUGAAAUCAUGUUGAAUCGAGAGGAAAUGAGACGAAAAGAGGAUUUGGAUUUAGUUGGGGAAAAGAAAAGAACUGAGAAAAGCGAAUACAUCAAACAACAAUAUGGAAGUGAAGAGCUCGAGUUUGAGGUAGAUCCAUCAUUUAUCCAAAAACGGAAACCAACACUUCAGGAGAUUUUCGAUCAAGCUGAAAUUAAAGAUUUCAUUCGUAAAGCUCGUCUAAUGGAUGAGGAUUCGCAGAAAAAGAAAAAUGAGAAAGGAAUCGUUGUGAAUUUGGCGGAAACGAUUAGAGUAACACUGGAGGAGAUCGCGAACGAGACGACGCACUUAGACGAUGAGAAGAUCGACUGGUCGAUAAUCAGCAAAAUGGUGUUGCAGAAAAGCGAAGCAGUCAAAGUGCGCGUGAUUCAGACAAAGGUUACGAACGCUUGUGUUCUCCUCGAUCAAAUCGGAUAUUCGGCCAUAUGGCGUCGAUUUUUGUCGACAAUUUAUGAGCAUCACAUUUACCCAAAAUAUCGAAUUCCGUUUACUCAAGGACCCGCCUGUUUUGCUGGAGAAGAGCCGAGAGAAGCCGAUAAUUAUCAGACAAAACAUCCUGAUAACAAGCAUCGAAUCUAUCCGGGCGAUCUCGAUCUUUCGAUUUCGCAGUUUUCUUUGGGGAGACCAUAUGUUUCAAUGGAAUCUGAGGGAUUCGAGUUUCUGACCGCUCCAAUUCCCGGUUUUCGCUCGAAAUUCUACGGCCUUGGCUUCACAAGUGCAGCCAAUUUUUCAAUCAAAGCU